AUGGCCAUUCGAUGCUUUGAAAAUGGGCGCGCAAACCAACAGGGAGUCUCGUCAACAGAACAGAAAACAAGGGCGAAAAAACUUGACUCAUGCAGCCUACAACGCGCCAAAGUUAGCGCCAGCUCUCUUUCCCCUCAUGAACGUCUUCAAUUCCCCCCCCCCAAAACCCCCCAGAGGCUUAAAGGGGGAAAAAAAGAAUUUGGGAUAAUUGAGACAUAA